AUGGAGCCCGAAGAUGCUGUACGGCCAAGUCCUGAAAUAAGCCGAGCCGUGUAUGAACAGGGCUUUUGUACUUGGGCAAGGCUUCACGCUCGCGCUCGAGGGGAACCCAGCCUGCCCAAGAUUUGUUUCCACAUACAGCCAGCAGUUCGGAAUCUACCCCCCUUGGUCCAUGAUCUGGAUAUAAAGUAUAAGUAUAAUUGUCUCUACGCGACUGGGACGUCGAUUUGGGAAACUUCGCGGGGGCAAUGCAAGACACCCCGCGUGGAAAAAAGGCUUCAGCUCCCAGUUUCCAUCAACCAUCCAACACAGCUUGCUCUCUCCAAAAGCCUGGAGCCGACCUAUCAGAAAUGGUUUAAUAAUGAAGAUAAUCACCUUUCUGUGCUGAUACUAGCAUGGAGUUACAUAUUCUCGGCGCGUUGGGUCGAACUUAUGGCCGGAGCCGAGCUGAUAUAUACUGAAAAGCACGCGGAAUAUAGCAACAACACAGGAGACGAACAAGCCGAAAUCAUAGUGGAUGUAGGAGAUAUCGAUAAUGAUGCAGUUAGAUGGUGGGCCGCUGUCUUGUCUCCUGGUGAGGGAUGGCAGGCUUACCUUACACGGGAGCGAGAAAAAUUCCGAUCACCUUGGUCGAUUACUUUGGAAACAAGGGCGAAAUUUACGCUUUCUUGCCGUUCACCCCUCUGUCAUAUAUCAACUACCGCACCUUCGUUUACAACUGCGCCACAUAUACCAGAGACAACAGAGCAGAAGAAAUUUGGCUUUAUAUCGGAUCAGAUAGUGCCGGAGCUGGACAAACUAUUGACAUUGAGUUGCAACACACGGGGACUACUCUCUCUUUUGUCGAGUGUAUUUUAUGAACCUAGCAUACCUUGCAAUGCCGUAAGCCCAUGGCUGCAGUCUAUAUUCGCGGUUCUUGACUCUGUGGAGGACAACUAUAUACUUGCUUAUAUCCUGAUGAACCGAGUCCCGCAUGUUUCAUUCUUUUGGCUUGGUGGUAUAAUUAUGGGUACUGACAAGAAUAUCCUCCGGGAUGGUCGAUACGGUAUUGCAUCGAUUGAACCCCAUGCUGCAUCAUGGUGUGGUGUCACACAAUCGUUUAUACAGGAACCUGUGUCGGAACCGCCAAGCACUAAUGGAUCGCUUUUAAGGUCAGAUGAAUGCCGACUUCUCUAUCUAAGUCAAGUAGAACGGCAACGUGGGUGGCCGCUGACUCCAUGGAUGCCUUUCGGUACCACGGUACUUGAAGAUACCGAAAUUGAGGUUCGUCUGCAUGCACAAUGUACUGGCCACGGUCUUCAAUAUACGGGUUGGUAUUGGGCUUGUCGAAAUAGUAAAUCGAUGCAUCCAUUGUGCAUGACAACUACUAUGUCUGCCAGUAUACCAGCGGAGAACCCGACAAUAAAUACACCAAUCAGAUAUGAAGCACUAAAUGUCGAGGAAGAAUCAGCUUCAGAACAUGCUACACGAAAUAUUUUUGUCUGGCUCCGAAAUGAUGGAUUCCCCGCACGCGAGCGCGGAAUAAGUAACCACGAGUGGGUGAUUCUUGAUGAAUCUGACGAUGAAUCGCUAUUAUUGAAUGAGUCACCCGGAAGCGAUAUAGCCCCGGUAACAAAAGCUGUGGAAGACUGGAUACAAUAA